AUUCUCCAACCAAACAUUAACUCCCCCAAAAAACAACCAUAUAUACAUCUGCAGGUUCCUAGGAUCAAGAAUCUGUUACUGUUUUUCUGUUUCCACACCACAUGAAAAUGUCAUCAGCAGCCCUAUCUCUAUCUGUUUCCCACCCCCCAAUCUGCAAAUCCCAUCAUGACUCUCAUCCCAAACUCCCCAACAAGGAAAACCCCUGCCCGAGAACACCAUUAGAAGCAAAACUGAACAGAAGAAAGCUGUUGCAGAACACUGGGCUGAGCCUGCUAUUAUCUGCAAGAAGAGCAAAUGCAGAAACUGAAGCCCCAUCAGAUGCAAGCUCGAGUCGAAUGUCGUAUUCGAGAUUCUUGGAGUAUUUGGAUCAGGGUGCUGUGAAGAAGGUGGAUUUGUUUCAGAAUAGUAAUGGGAGUUUUGCAGUGGUGGAGAUACAGAACCCCAAUUUGAAUAAGAUCCAGAGAGUGAAGGUUCAGUUGCCUGGGCUGCCAAAAGAGCUGCUCAGGAAACUGAAGGAGAAAGAAGUAGACUUUGGUGCUUAUCCUAUGGAGAUAAAUGUCAUAGCUUCUCUCCUUGAUCUGCUUGGGAAUUUAGCAUUCCCUUUGCUUUUGAUUGCCAGCAGCUUACUGUUAAGAAGCUCCUCUUCCAAUGGCCCUGGUGGCCCAAAUUUGCCUUUUGGACUAGGAAGGAGCAAAGCAAAGUUCCAGAUGGAGCCGAAUACAGGGAUAACAUUCGAUGAUGUAGCAGGAGUUGAUGAGGCGAAGCGAGACUUUCAAGAAAUCGUGGAGUUCUUAAAGACUCCCGAGAAAUUCACAGCAGUUGGGGCAAAGAUCCCAAAGGGUGUGCUCCUAGUUGGGCCACCUGGCACAGGAAAGACAUUGCUUGCAAAAGCCAUUGCAGGAGAGGCUGGGGUUCCGUUCUUCUCGCUCUCAGGUUCGGAGUUCAUUGAGAUGUUUGUAGGGGUGGGGGCUUCAAGAGUGAGGGACUUGUUCAACAAGGCAAAGCAGAACUCACCUUGCCUAGUCUUCAUUGAUGAAAUAGACGCGGUUGGGCGGCAGAGAGGCACUGGCAUUGGUGGAGGGAAUGAUGAGAGAGAGCAAACUCUUAACCAGUUGCUCACAGAAAUGGAUGGGUUUACAGGCAACACGGGGGUCAUUGUUAUUGCUGCUACAAACAGACCUGAUGUUCUUGAUCAAGCUUUGCUUAGACCAGGAAGAUUUGAUAGACAGGUUACUGUUGGAUUACCAGAUAUAAGAGGCAGGGAAGAAAUCCUAAAGGUGCACAGCAGCAACAAGAAGCUAGGCAAAGAUGUAUCUCUGAGUGUGAUAGCCAUGAGAACCCCUGGGUUCAGUGGAGCUGAUCUUGCCAAUCUCAUGAACGAGGCUGCCAUUCUUGCUGGCAGAAGAGGAAAAGACAAGAUUACUUCCACAGAAAUUGAUGAUUCAAUCGACAGAAUCGUAGCAGGAAUGGAGGGAACAAAAAUGACAGAUGGAAAGAGCAAGAUUUUAGUUGCAUACCAUGAAAUUGGACAUGCCAUCUGCGCGAGUUUGACACCAGGUCAUGAUGCAGUGCAGAAAGUGUCGCUGAUCCCUCGAGGCCAAGCCCGGGGCCUAACAUGGUUCCUCCCCGGAGAAGAUCCAACUUUAGUUUCGAAGCAGCAGCUCUUCGCCAGAAUCGUGGGCGGGCUAGGCGGCCGAGCAGCAGAGGAAAUCAUUUUUGGUGAACCAGAAAUCACUACUGGUGCAGCAGGGGACCUGCAACAAGUCACUCAAAUAGCAAGACAGAUGGUGACAAUGUUUGGGAUGUCUGAGAUUGGGCCAUGGGCAUUGCUGGAUCCAUCAGCACAAAGUGGAGAUUUGGUGCUGAGAAUGCUAGCAAGAAACCAAAUGUCAGAGAAACUAGCAGAAGAUAUUGAUGCAUCAGUGAGGCAAAUAAUAGAAAAAGCAUAUGAGAUAGCAAAGAAUCACAUCAAGAACAACAGGGAGGCCAUUGACAAGCUAGUGGAGGUCCUCCUGGAGAAGGAGACUCUCACUGGGGAUGAGUUCAGAGCAAUUCUCUCUGAAUUCACCCAAAUCCCUUCAAUCAAUAUGGUAAACAACAAACCGGUUCGCGAACUAAUCGAAGCCUAAACAGAAUUGAAAGAGAUGAUGAACACCAAGAACUAGUUGUCACAUAGUCUUGCAUAAUUUCAUGUAUUGUGUAUAGUAAUGCAGAUCAUGAUCCUUGAGUAUCCUUAGCUAUGUAGUCGUUAGAUCACUUCUUAUCUGUAAAAAUGUAGCCCACUCUUUAUGAACAUAGAAAUUGAAGAAUGUUCUUGAUCUCCUUA